UGCGCAAUACGCUGUAAACAACGUCUCCUUGGCGACUAGUGAAAUUGGAUGGGCAAGUAGGUUUUAAAAAGCGAGGAAAUUUUGUAAAUUUGAGGCUUCUCAACAGGAAAGCAAAAUUGUGAGUUAUUAUGACUAUAUCGUUUGUCAUAUUUAUCAAAGAAUCGACCAAGUAACAAGGUUUAUCGCGUAAAAAUUCGUUUAGAACCACAUAGCUAAGUUGAAAGUGUCACAGUCAUGGCAGACGAAGAAAAGGCUUCAGCACCGGCUGAAGUUGGUGAGACAAAUGAAACUGAAGCAAAAGAGGCGGUUCAUGAAGCGGAACAGAAAAAUGCUGAAUCUGAACAAAAAGCAGAUCAGUCUGAAGAAUCCACAGCUCAAAACGAAGUAGUGGAUACAGCUCCAACAGAGGCGGAAGGUGCUGUUGUGAACACUGGUGAAACGUCUGUAGAAGCUACAGCACCUGCAGCCACAGAAGAUGGUGAGGGAGGUGUGGAUGAAACUGAGCAGGCGAAAACUGCAGAAGCUGAUACAGAAGCUGCCGAAAAAGCCCCUACUCCCAUUGUAACAGAUAUUAAAGAGGAAGAGAAAGAUCCAUCAGAUCCAUCAAAUAAGAGUGAGGGCGAGAAAGCCCCAUCACCUGAUGAUGUAGAAAAGGUGGAUGCAGGAGAGGAGCCUAAGGAAACAGUAGCUACCAAUGAUUCCCAAGAACCAGCAGCUGCUGACAACACCCAAGAACCAGCAGCUGCUGACAACACCCAAGAACCAGCAGCUACUGACAACACCCAAGAACCUGCCGCUACUGACAACACCCAAGAACCAGCAGCUACUGACAACACCCCAGAACAAGCACAAGAUGAGCAUGAGGAAGGGGUUGUUGGUACAGAUAAACCACCAACAUCAGCAGCUGCAGAAAACCAGGGAAUGGGACCUUCUGAAACAGAUGCUGAUGAAAAAGCAACUUCACCACCUGCUGAAAAGCCACCUACUCCCCCUGAGGCACCGGAUGCUCCCAGAAUGGCAGGACCUCCACCGCCCAUACAACUUGACUCACCUAAACCACCUACUCCUUCUGAGGUACCACAGCAGCCUGCUGAUCUCAAACCGCCUACUCCGCCUGAGCCAACUGUUAAUGCAGUAUCACCACCGGCAGCAGAAUCACCAGCAACUGCUGCACCACAAUCAGAACUGCCAACAGAGGGUUCUGCUGAUGGUGCUCAAGUUCCAACAGAAGAAGUGCCACCACCACCACCACCUGAUGCACCACCAGCACCUCACCAGCCAUCACAAACACAGAAUAUACUUACAGUGGAUGCAGAUGUACCUGUGGAUGAAUCACCAUUUUCUGCCUUGGUAGGUGGAUAG